CGAUACCAGUUUGGCCAAAGUAACCUAUUCCAUUCCAGCUGGUUGAGAUGCAGAAAAACAUCCAUCCGCUCGUCGCUGAAAAUGCGGCUCAUAAUCAAAGGGUGGUAUCAUUCAUUCGAAAUAUGACAUUAAGCGUUUUUGGCUGUUCUGCGGGCAUUCUAGGCUUAACUUCUUAUUCUGGCGUUCUGUUUUACCUCUUCAGCUAUCUAUUCGUCUCGUUUCUAAUAUAUGUGAUUAAGAUGGGUAGUAAAAUUGGUGAGUAUUACCAACCAGCUUCCAAGUUUUGGUAUGCAAAGGUAUUCGAGGGUAUUCCUUCAUUUGUCCUGUUUUGGACUCUUUUCUACAGCCUCGUUUACGUUUAUGAAUAGAGUUAUUCUGAAGAAAUUAAUACGCAAAUUCUUUAUGAUGGGACCCUUGAAUACUUUCUAUCUUCACUCUUUAUCGGACGUCUGAUAUAGUUUGUACGGUCAAUCCAUUCAUUGAAACGACAUUUCUGCAUUUUGAAAGGUACUUCUGUUCUUUAUUUACAUAUCUUCACCUUUCUUUUCCUAAGAAACUCAAUCCCUUUCUAAAAAACUAUGAUGAAUAUGAAAUACUUUGUCGAAAUUCAUAAAUCCAUCUACUACGUUUUGCCCACAGAUGAAGUAAAUGAAGCGCAAAUCAUAAAUAAUAUUCAAAGAACAUGAAAAUGUAUCUGAUUUUUCUUAACCAGAUAGAUUUAUAAAUAACAUUAUCUUAAAGUAUUAACCCACAC